AUGUCUGAGUUUUCCUUGGCAAAUGGUCGCUUGUCCGUGAAUAGCAACAGCUUACCAAGACACCUUCUUUGCCCAUUGCCCCAUUUCAAAAUCUAUCAGAGUCCGAUAGCGAUCCAUCAUGACACAUUCGUUACAAGGUUGAGGAACCCACAAAAGCUGCCUCUCCUCCAGUUUCCCCCCAAAACAUCCAAUCACAAGCGUAAUUGUCUGAAUUCUCCAAUUGCCGACCUCUCACUGAUUGUCUGCAAUCGAAUGAUACCGCAGGCUGGGCAGUGCGACUCUUCCAGAUGGACUAUCCGAAUUGAGUUUAUUGACAUGGAAGUCAGCGCUGUCAUCCUCAAGACGUCUCUAGAAUCCCGAGCGAUUAUUGCAACAAAGUUGCAGGACGAGCUGACGACUGGAAAUAUGACGCCAUCAAAUCUCACCUCAUACCUCGAUGCAGGCGCGACACCGCUCUAUCUCAGCUUCGCUUUCAUCAUCUACUAUGUCGUCUCAUCUAUCAUAGCUUACGGCCGUCUCCGCGAUUUCCCCGGGCCGCUCAUCGGACGCUUCUCUUACAUAUGGCUCAUAUCAAACGCCCGAUCCGGUCGACCGGCCGAGCACUUCACCAACCUCAACAGGAAACAUGGUUCCCUAGUCCGCAUUGGCCCAAACGACCUCGUCACUGACGACCCGGAUAUCCUACGUCGCAUGAACGCUGCCCGAUCACCUUACGGCCGAUCAUCCUGGUACGAUACCACAAAGCUAAAUCCUCACGAAGACAGCUUGUUCAGUCUGCGCGACACCGGCGCACAUGACAAGUUGAAAGCGAAGUGCGCAGCUGGAUACGCCGGCAAAGAGAACCUGGCGCUCGAAGACGGCAUCAACUCCCAGGUCGCUGGUUUCGUGGACCUCAUCAAGAGGAAGUAUGUUACUACCGACGACGAGGUCAGGCCGAUGGACCUGGGCAAGACAACACAAUAUUUCACGUUGGAUGUUAUUACCAGAGUUGCGUAUGGAAAAGAGUUUGGGUACCUAGCCACUGAUUCGGAUGUCCAUGACUACAUCAGCACCACGGAGGCGGCUAUACCGCUUCUGCAGCUAUGCAGCGAGGUGCCAUGGCUUGCCAGCUUUAUGUUUUCCAAGCCCGUUCUAGGCGCUGUCGGCCCGAAACAUACUGACAAGAGCGGAUUGGGAAAGCUAAUGGGAGUGGCCAAGGAGGUUGUCGGACGACGUUUCGGUACAGAUGCAAAGGAGGAACCGGACAUGCUGGGUGCCUUUAUCCGGCACGGCGUCAGCCAGAGCGAGUGUGAAACAGAAGUUCUCUUCCAGAUCAUUGCUGGAUCAGACACAACCGCAACAGCAAUUCGGACGACUUUCCUGCAUCUUAUCACAUCGCCUCGCGCAUAUCAUACUCUGAAAACCGAAAUUAGCACAGCUAUCACCCAAGGCCGGAUAUCAUCCCCCAUUACCUAUGAGGAAGGAAAAACAUUACCCUACCUUCAGGCCAUUAUCUAUGAAGGUCUCCGGAUGUGCGCGCCCUUCACCGGCCUUUGCGCCAAAGAAGUGCCCGCCGGAGGAGACACUAUCGAUGGACACUUUGUUCCGGGUGGCACGCGCAUCGCCCAGAACGUAUGGGGCACGCUUCGUCGCGCCGACGUAUUUGGUAAAGAUGCGGACCUCUUCCGGCCUGAGCGAUGGAUCGAAGCCGACGCGGCGACAAAGGAUAAGAUGCAGAAGACAACUGAACUCGCGUUUGGGUAUGGACGAUGGGGUUGUGCGGGAAAGAAUGUUGCGUUUCUGGAAUUGAAUAAGGUGUUUGUUGGAGUAAGCACUGUCUUUCCGCCCCGAUUGCUUCGCAAUUUUGAGUUCCAGAUUUUGGAUCCCGCUAAGCCUUGGCAUAGCGUCAAUCACAACUUAUUCAUGCAGGAUAACUUUUGGGUAAAGGUCACCGAACACAAGGAUUAA